UGCAUGGUGUCUGUAGCUCCUGGACUCUGGGUUCCGGGAUGGGCCCCUCACCCUCUCGCGAGGUUUCCCAGAUUCAUUUUUCCUUGCUUGUUUUAUCCAUAAAUGUGGGAACACAGAAGAAGGACGCUUCCCCAGUACCCUGGUGGUUUAAACCCGGGGAAGAAACGUGUAAUGCCAGGGGUAUCUGCAGGGCAGACGGCUCAGCAGUUAAGAGCCCUUGCUACUGCUCUUCUAGAAGACCUGAGUAUCCGUAACUCCAGCCCCUUGGAAUCUGACGCCUCUAGCCUGCACUCUUGGGCACACACCUCCAUGCAGAGCCGAGAUCAGCCGUCUCCAGUUGGAAACGCACAUGAGAAACUGUUCUGAAGCCGCCGGACUCAUCAGAAGAUCCCAGACGAGCCUUGGGUGAGGACUGUGAUCUCCUGCACGGAUCACCUCCCUUAAGACACAGCACUCGCGCGUCACAGCAGCUCCAGACCCCGUCGCUACCGGAAAGUUAUAGGCACAGGAACCGUGAAGACAAGCGCGGCCCAGGAACCGCGGUGAGUUCCUCGCUCGCGCCUGUCUAGCCACAGGGCAGCUUUCAGAUGCACCGGUCCUCGCUUCCCCACAGCUGUGACCUCUCUGAUUCUUUGCUGGGCUCUUGCAAAACCCACAGAUAUUUCUUUAAAAACAAAACUCUAACCUGAGGUUUACGGUGCAUUUUUACCUUCAAAGGGAAAGAGAAAGACACUGUCACCCAGGAAUUCAGCUCUGGAGAAUCGAGGAAAAUUCUUCCCAGGAUGGUCUCCCACUCGGAGCUGAGGGAACUCAUCUGCUCAGCAGAUGCGGUGUGCUUUGACGUCGACAGCACAGUCAUCCGAGAGGAAGGCAUUGAUGAGCUGGCCAAAUUCUGUGGUGUGGAGGCGGCUGUGUCUGAAAUGACACGGAAAGCCAUGGGAGGAGCAUUGCCUUUCAAAGAUGCGCUCACUGAACGCCUGGCACUGAUUCAGCCCUCCAGGGAGCAGGUGCAAAGGCUCCUAGCUGAGCACCCCCCACACCUGACCCCCGGGAUAAGGGAGCUGGUCAGUCGCCUACAGGAGCGCAAUGUGCAGGUGUUCCUCAUAUCUGGUGGCUUUAGGAGUAUUGUGGAGCACGUUGCUGCGAAGCUCAAUAUCCCAACAGCCAACGUAUUUGCCAAUAGGCUGAAAUUCUACUUCAACGGUGAAUACGCAGGUUUUGAUGAGAUGCAGCCAACAGCCGAGUCUGGUGGGAAAGGAAAGGUUAUUCGAUUUUUAAAGGAAAAAUUCCACUUUAAGAAAAUAAUCAUGAUUGGAGAUGGAGCUACAGACAUGGAAGCCUGCCCUCCUGCCGAUGCUUUCAUUGGGUUUGGAGGAAAUGUGAUCAGGCAACAAGUCAAGAGCAACGCCAAGUGGUACAUCACUGACUUUGUUGAGCUCUUGGGAGAACUGGAAGAAUAGUCUCAACCUCCUGCCCACUCAGAACAACUCCAGUCUCUCAGAGCUACAGUCAGACUCCCGGCACAGUCCAGGAGGUAGCUAGUUUUGUCUACUGCAGUUCCAAUAUUAAUAUGACUACUAAUUACCUAGAGAGUUUUAUACUCUGAAUUCUUUGUGUAUAUUCCUACCUAUAUCUUACCUGGAGCUUUCUGAGGUGCGUGGUAAAUUAAAUGCUUUUACUCUUGCAACAUGGAUUGAGUAGCCUUAAGUGAGUAUGGGGUUUCUCUUAGGUAUUAAAAAAAAUGUUUGUAUAUCUGAA